AUGUCCAAAUACACGGACAUCAUGUCGGCCUUUCAGGAGCAAUAUCCACGCGACUCUCCGGACAGAGAUUUCCCACAUGACUCCACAGCGAUAACUAAAGGCCAAUUAACCGCCAAAAUUAAAAACAUCAGAGGGAAAUACAGGCAGGCAGUGGACAGUGGGCGACGGAGUGGCCAUGGGCGUGUGGUGCUCAUGUUUUUUGAACUCUGCGAGGAGAUCUGGGGAGGAUCGCCUGCAACACGCUCCAUUGAACAAGGCAUUGAGACGGGGGACCUGGUCGAGACGUCUUCAUCGACCUCGGAGCUUCCCACUGACUCGCCACAGUCGUCAGACUCUGUUGAAAGUCUGCUGCCUCCUCCAGUCGUAAGGCAGCGCAGAGAGAUGCUGCAGGCAAAGCUAAAUAGCCACAGAGGGGACAGGCUGAAAAGAAAGGUCCCUGCCGAUACAGGACAGGAAGAGUUGCAGCUGAAACGGAGGAUGCUGGACCUAAUGGAGGAGUCGUCAAGACGCAAUACAGACAACAUGCAACAGAUAAAUAACAACAUAGCAAACAUCACCAAUACCAUACAGGAAGGAUUUUCUCUGAUGAGAGAACUAUUAGUCCAGCCUCUCAAUGCACGCCCCCACAGUAGCAGCAGUGUAUACCAGGGACACCCACCUUCAUACAACAUGCACCAGAACUCACACCACAAUGCAUCACCCUUCAUUCACACUCCAAGUGAAACACACCACUCUGGGAGAUACACACCAACACCACCACUACCAUCACACGAAACUUUACAGCAAUAUACCCCCUCAUUUUCAUACACACGAGCACUAUCUGAAGAUGAUUGA